AUGAAGUACCAUAUUGCUAAGGAUGAAAGUCUAACUUCAUUGAAGUCUGGGAUAACUCCGCUUGACUAGAGUAGAGCCUUGAUGAUCUCACUGGUGUACAUAUUGAGUGAAAUUCAGUAAUCAGUACUAAGUUCUUUCACCAGGUUAGAGGGAAUUUGGAUAAAUGCACAUCAACAUUUUUAUAAGGCAAAUACUGCAGAAGAAUGUGCAGCACAAUGUGAAGAUGAAAAAAGUUUUACCUGCAGGGCCUUCCUAUUCCUCAGUAAAAAUCAAUGGUGUUUAACAUUGUCUAAAACCUCCCAGACAACACAGAUUUCAAGAACAGAUUCAGUUCUCUAUGAGAAACAAGUUUAUCUUCUCGAGUGCAAGAAAGGAAAGGGGAAGGAUUACAGAGGAACAGAAGACAGAACUCGGAAGGGUGUGCUGUGCCAGAAGUGAGUGGAUAGUGUGCUCCACAAAUCGAACUUUAUACCUGAAAAUUUCCCUCAUGCGGGGUUAGAAGAAAACUACUGCAGGAAUCCCAAUGGAGAUGCAAAUGGACCAUGGUGUUUCACAACAGAUCCUACUACCAGAAUAGAUUACUGUAGCAUACCAGAAUGUGAAGUAGAAUGCAUGCAGUGUAAUGGUGAAGACUACCAUGGAAGAGUUUCCAGGACAGAGUCUGGAUUUGAGUGCCAGCACUGGGAUGCCCAAGAGCCUCAUUCUCAUGGAUAUCUUCCUGAAGGUUUUCCAGAGAAGGACCUGAAGAUGAAUUUUUGCCAUAAUCCUGAUGGCGAACUUUGGCCCUGGUGUUUCACUACCAGCCCCACUAAAUGCUGGGAAUAUUGUGACAUUCCUCGCUGCAUUACACCCCCAUCAACUUCUGGACUGGGCCACCAGUGUCUUUCAGGGAAUGGAAAAGAUUAUUGUGGCAGGAUAGCCAUCACUGAAUCAGGAUAUACCUGUCAGUACUGGAGCACUCAGUUCCCUCACAAACAUGGGGAAACUCCUGAGAACAAUCCCUGCAAGGGUUUAGCUAAAAAUUAUUGUAGGAACCCAAAUGGUAAGAAGAGGCCCUGGUGCUAUACCACCAACAGCACAACACGAUGGUAGUAUUGUAGCAUCCCUCAGUGUCUACAGACAGCAUCACAAAUCACUGAUGAUGAUAUGCCAAGGUAGUUUGCAAGUCCAGAGGAGUGCUAUCGAGAGAGAGGCCUAGAUUACCGUGGUACAGCUUCUUUUACUAUCAUAGGAAAGAAAUGCCAAGCUUGGAAUUCAAUGUUGCCAUAUCAUCACAAUAGAAUGGCAAGCACUUUCCCAAAUAGGGAUCUGAGAGAAAACCAUUGCUGGAACCCAGAUAAUGAUAUAGCCCCUUGGUGUUACACUACUGUUCCUAUUGUUAGAUGGGAAUGUUGUAAUCUGCAAAAGUAUGACUAUGGAGGACACCUUGUUUCAUCUGAACCAUCUUAUUCAACACUAGAACCAGACCCAGAGUGUAUUAUUGGCAAUGGUAAAGAUUAUCAUGGUGCAGUCAUGAAAACUAGAAGCGGCAGGACUUGCCAAGAGUGGAGAUCUCAGGAGCCUCAUUAGCACAGUUAUCUCACUCCAAAGACUCAUACAAGAUCAGGCCUGGAUAAAAAUUAUUGCAGGAAUCCUGAUGGAAAUGUUAAUGGACCUUGUUGCUACACAGCAGACCCCCAGAAAAUCUGGGAAUACUAUGAAAUUCCCAAGUGUGCUCCCUUUCAACAAGAAUGUGGGAAACCGAAGAGGAAUCCCAAACAACGUCGAAGGAUUGUGGGUGGAUGUGCAUCCAUGUGGAUGGUGUCAGCGCCACACCCUUGGCCCUGGCAAGUCAGUCUUAGGACAAGGUCAUCAAUGCCUUCUUCCUACAGAGUCUUCCUUGGACUACACACAGCAAAGACUGUAGAGCCAUCUGUGCAAAUCCAAGAGGUUAAGGGUAUAUUCCAGACACUGUAUGGGGCAGAUAUUGCCUUGCUGAAGUUGAGCAGUCCUGCAAUGAUUAUUGACCAAGUUAUACCUGCGUGUUUACCUGAAGAAAAUAUGAUGGUAGGAAGUGGAACAGAAUGCUUUACUACUGGUUGGGGAGAAAUAAAAGGUACAGGUCGAGAGUAUGUCCUAAAACAGGCCAGUUUGCCCAUGUCUGAAAAUAAAGCAUGCAAUAACUCUGAAUUUCUGAAUGGAAGACUCAAAAAGUUUGAAUUCUGUGUUGAGCCCAUUAAUGCUUGCCCAGAUACCUGUCAGCCCUCAUACAAUCCUUUAGAAGCACCCGCCAGCUGGGCCAAAAUGGGGAUUAGCAAAGCUGCCUUUCUCUUUCUUUUCUUGCUCAGCUCAGUGAAAGGGGAUAUACUAGAUGACUAUUUAAGAACAGAUGGUGUUUGGAUACUCACUCAAAAUAAACAGGCUUAUAAGACAAAUAGUGAAAAAGAAUGUGCGGAGAAAUGUGAACAUGAAAGAAAUUUUAAUUGCAGGGCCUUCCUAUUCACCAGGAAAAAGCAGCAGUGUUUAACAUUGGCUGAAAAUACCAAAACAACUGUGAUGUUCAACAGCAGAGAUGCAAUUCUUUUCGAGAAGAAAAUUUACCUCCUACAAUGUAAAAGAGGAAAUGGGAAGGACUACAGAGGAAUGGAAGCCAAAACUCGGAGGGGUAUUCCAUGCCAGAAGUGGGCUGAAAAAGCACCCCACAAACCAAAUUUUACACCUGAAAAAUACCCCAAUGCAGGGUUGGAGGAAAAUUACUGCAGAAAUCCUGAUGUGGAUGAAAAUGGACCCUGGUGUUACACAACAGAUCCUGCCACCAGAUUUGAUUACUGUAACAUUCCAGAGUGUGAAGUGGAGUGCAUGCAGUGUAAUGGUGAAGACUACCAUGGAAAAGUUUCCAGAACAGAGUCUGGGUUUGAGUGCCAGCACUGGGAUGCCCAAGAACCUCAUAUGCAUGGAUAUACCUUGGAAAAUUUUCCAGAGAAGGACCUGAAGAUGAAUUUUUGCCGUAAUCCUGAUGGCGAACUUCGGCCCUGGUGUUUCACUACCAGCCUCACUAAACGCUGGGAAUAUUGUGACAUUCCUCACUGCACUACACGCCCACCAGUUUCUGGAUCCAGUUCCCAGUGUCUUUCAGGUAAUGGAGAAGACUAUCGGGGCAGGAUAGCCAUCACUGAAUCGGGAAGCACCUGCCAGCACUGGAACACACAGUUUCCUCACAGACAUGGCUGGACUCCUGACAGCUAUCCCUGCAAGGGCUUAGAAGAAAACUACUGUAGAAACCCUGAUGGAGAGAAAAGGCCCUGGUGCUAUACAGUCAACAGAGCUGUGCGGUGGGAAUAUUGUGCAAUUCCCCGCUGUGAUUGGACAGAACAAGAGAUUGCUGGCACUGAUGUGCCCGAACAGAGUCCGGUCCCAGAGGAGUGCUACCGAGGCAAAGGCCUGAGUUACCGUGGCACAGCUUCCUUCACUGUGUCAGGAAAGAAAUGCCAAGCCUGGAACUCCAUGUUCCCGCACAGACAUGAAAAAACCCCAGACAAAUUCCCAGACGCGGAUUUGAGGGAGAACUAUUGUAGAAACCCAGAUGCUGAUAAACGUCCAUGGUGUUUCACCACUGACCCUGACGUGUCAUGGGAGUACUGCAAUUUAAUGAGGUGUGAAGAUCAGACACAAGAGCGUGCACCAGACUACCUUCCUGCAAUGAUGGCACAAGGCUUUGGCCCGACUACACCCACCGCAUCUGAUUGUAUUAACGGUAAUGGUAAAGAUUAUCGUGGCACAAUAGCAAAAACUGGAAAGGGCAGGACUUGCCAAGAAUGGAGCUCUCAGACACCUCAUAGCCACAACUAUUUCACUCCCGUGACUCAUCCAAGAGCAGGCCUGGAUAAAAAUUAUUGCAGGAAUCCUGAUGGAGAUGUAAAUGGUCUUUGGUGCUUCACAACAGACCCAGAAAAAAAAUGGGAGUACUGUGAAGUCCCACGCUGCUGUUCUGAUGGAGACAAUAGAUUAAAGGACAUUGAGUUCCCUGUGCUUGAAAAUAGAGUAUGCAAUCGCCCCGAAUUUCUGAAUGGAAGUGUCAAAAAUCAUGAAUUUUGUGGUGGACUUACUUUUGGAAGCUUAGAUUACUGUGAGCCGCCAGAGGUGUAUAAUAAUGUGGUAAUGCAGCAAAUACCUGCGAGGAAACAGGAGGGAAACAGGGCCAGCGGAGCCAGUUGUGGGGAUAGUGCCAUGUGGUACCAAGGAGGACAGGGCUGUGAUGGGGAGGAAGGAGAGGUGGGCUGUCCACAAGCCAUCAUGUCCACCUCAGGGGCAGCAGGUCCCUCUGCAUCUGCCACCAAUGGCCUGAUGGUGCAUAUGGCCUGCACUGUAAAUGGGGCAGCUCUGCAUAUGCCAGUGUGCCGGGAGGGGAUAGGGAAGCUAGUAGUUCAGCACACACCCGCCAGCUGGGCCAAAAUGGGGAUUAGCAAAGCUGCCUUUCUCUUUCUUUUCUUGCUCAGCUCAGUACUAGGAGACAUACUAGAUGGCUAUGUAAGAACAGAGGGGGCUUGGCUGCUUAGCUCGAAGAAGCAAAUUUAUAAGACAAGUACUAAAGAAAACUGCGCGGAGCAAUGUGAAACUGAAAAUAAAUUUACUUGCAGAGCCUUCUUAUUCACCAGCAAAGACCAACAGUGUUUAACAUUGGCCGAGAACACCAAGACAGCAGUAAUAUUCAGAAGAACAAAUGCAGUUCUUUAUGAAAAAAGAAUUUAUCUUCUAGAAUGCAAGAAGGGAAAUGGGGUGGAUUACAGAGGAACAGAAGCCAAAACUCAGAAGGGUGUGCAGUGCCAGAAGUGGUCUGAUAAUGUUCCCCACAAACCAAAAUACACAGCUGAAAAUCAUCCCAGUGCAGGUUUGGAGGAAAACUACUGCAGAAAUCCCGAUAAAGAUCUAAAGGGACCCUGGUGUUACACAACAGAUCCUGCUACCAGAUUUGAUUAUUGUAACAUUCCAGAGUGUGAAGUGGAGUGCAUGCACUGCAGUGGAGAAAACUACCAUGGAGUGGUUUCAACAACAGUAUCUGGGAUUGAGUGCCAGCGCUGGGAUUCCCAGAAACCUCACUCUCACGGAUACCUCCCCGAAAAUUUUCCGGAGAAGGAUCUGAAAAUGAAUUAUUGUCGUAAUCCUGAUGGUGAACCUCGACCCUGGUGUUUCACUACCAGCCCCACUAAACGCUGGGAAUAUUGUGACAUUCCUCGCUGCACUACACCCCCACCAACUCCUAAACCAGGGCGUCAAUGUCUAUUAGGAAGAGGAGAAGACUACCAAGGCAAGAUAUCUGUUACAGAAUCAGGAAAUACCUGUCAGCACUGGAGUGCUCAGUCUCCUCACAAACAUGCUCGCACUCCUGAAAACUAUCCCUGCAAGAACUUGGAGGAAAACUAUUGUAGAAACCCUGAUGAUGAGAAGAUGCCGUGGUGUUACACCACCAACAGAACCGCUCGGUGGGAAUAUUGCACCAUACCCUCCUGCGAUGGGACAGAGCCAGAGACCCCUGCUGUUGAUGUGCCUGAGCAGGCUCAAAUUACUGAGGAGUGCUAUCGAGGCAAUGGCGUGAAUUAUCGUGGCACAACUUCUUUCACUAUCACGGGAAAGAAAUGCCAAGCCUGGAAUUCAAUGUCACCACACCGUCACAAUAAAACGGCAAAACAAUUCCCAAAUGCGGACCUGAGGCAGAAUUAUUGCAGAAACCCAGAUGCUGAUAACCGCCCAUGGUGUUACACCACUGACCCCAGUGUGAGAUGGGAGUACUGCAACCUGAAGAGAUGUGAUGAUCCUGUGCAAGUGAAUUUACCCAAACCUCCUCAAACAACACUGGAACCAAACCCUGAUUGUAUAAAUGGUAAUGGUAAAGAUUAUCGUGGCACGGUAGCAAAAACUGGAAGGGGCAGGACUUGUCAAGCGUGGAGUUCUCAGACACCUCAUAGCCAUGACUAUUUCACUCCCACGACUCAUCCAGAAGCAGGCCUGGAUAAAAAUUAUUGCAGGAAUCCCGAUGGAGAUGUGAAUGGACCUUGGUGCUAUACAGCAGACCCAAGGAAAGCCUGGGAGUACUGUGACAUUCCCAAAUGCCCUCCUGCUCAGUAUGAGUGUGGAAAAUCCAAGUUCAGACCAAAGCUGUGUGCUCAGAGGAUUGUUGCCGGGUGUAUUUCACAUCCACACUCCUGGCCUUGGCAAAUCAGCCUCCGAACAAGUUUCGGCCUACAUUUUUGUGGGGGCACUCUCAUAGACCCACAGUGGGUAAUUACUGCUGCUCAUUGUUUAGAAAAGUCUUCACGGCCAUCUGCAUACAAAGUAUUCCUUGGAUUACACAAAGAAAGAGCAUUAGAGCCAUCAGUGCAGAAACGAGACGUUGAGAAAUUGUUCAAGGAGCCGCAUGGGGCAGACGUUGCUCUGCUGAAGUUGAGCAGCCCAGCAGUCAUCAACAACCAUGUAAUACCUGUUUGUUUGCCUAGAGAAAAUGCUGUGUUAGGAGGAAGAGAGGAGUGCUAUGUGACUGGCUGGGGGGAUACAAAAGGAACUGGUGGAGAGGGCUACUUAAAGGAAACUGGUUUCCCUGUAAUUGAGAAUAAAAUAUGCAAUCGCCCUGAAUUUCUGAAUGGAAGAGUCCAAAAACAUGAGCUCUGUGCUGGGAAUAUUCAUGGAGGCACAGAUAGCUGCCAGGGGGACAGUGGAGGACCUCUAGUCUGUCUUGAUCAAGAUAAAUUUGUCCAACAUGGAGUCACCUCUUGGGGCCUUGGAUGUGCCCAACCCAUGAAACCUGGUGUUUAUGUCAGAGUUUCUAAUUAUAUUCCUUGGAUUAAUAGUGUAAUGGAAAACUACUGA